GCAUCACCGGCCCUCGCCGAGUCGUCAGCAUUGGCAUACACAACUGCAUCAGGACCAAUCUCCCUAGGUGCAGCCCCGGAAGCCCAACCGACACACGCCCCAAUCACCCCACUAGGCUGCUACAGCGACGGCCACCCCCUCGAGUCUCAAGGCGACUACAUAUUUCAGUCGACAGGAUACUGUCUCUCCGUAUGCCGCCGGUUGGAGAAGGCUAUCAUGGCCACGACUGGUGGGACGACUUGUUAUUGCGGGGACGACUUUCCGGCGCUGGAUUCCGAGGUCGACAUGCGGUACUGCAAUGUCUCUUGCGCGGGAUAUGGCUUGCAGACGUGUGGGGGUGUCGGGUUCUGGCAGGUCUAUCUUGUUGGAUUG